AUGUCUGAAAAUAUAAUGAUGGGUCAAGAGCCCACGCCAUCCACGUCCCUUGGCGAACGGCGUGGGCAUCGCCUUGCGCCGCUAAAUACAAACUUUGCCCGGCCAGCUGCAGUCCCGGCCACUAAGUCCCAGUCACGAUCACGUCCUCGUCCAUCCGAAUAUCCCAGCACCAAUGGCUCGGAGGGGCCGGUCCCUCUCCAGAGCCCGGUACGGCGCCAAUCAUCAAAAUCUUCGCUGCGCAGUUUGUUCAGUCGCGACAAAUCGUCGCGUGCCGCUGCCGCACCGGAUACCAAAUUAACUGAGAUUGAUGAAUCCCAGCCGCCUCCAGUACAACAAACACAACCAAUCGCGCCAAUUGAGCCAGAACCAGAGACACUGCUGUCCCCGGGUCUAACCAGCCCCGGUACCGAUCCAACCACUCCGACCACCCUCACGUCCCCGACAACACCUCGGGCCCGGGCCACAUUGAAAACAGCUCGACCGCGGCCCGCCGAGUCGAAUCCGCCCCCAUCACGGGAGCAGUACGGAUGGAAGCCACCACCGUUAUUUCAAGCCUAUCCGCAAUCGACUAAACAUGAAAGUCUUACGGCGCCGGCGAUGUCGGCAGAUGCGAUCUUACGCCUGCAUGCGACAACCGGGAAGAGUGUGGCGGAGGAUGCUAGGAACCGAAUAGGGCAAGAGGAUGCGAAGAAAAAAGAGCAAAGGGAACGGAAACAUCUUCGCACAUUGUCAGGGACAAUCAACAAGGUUGAGUGGACCAACAAGAUCUACGUGCUGGCCACGACGGGUUUUAUUCUCCAAUAUGCCGGGGAAGGGAAGCACGAUCGCCUGCCCGAAAAGAUGCUGCAAUUGGGUCCUAAGUCGGUGGCAUUUGCCAGUGAUGCAAUUCCUGGGAAGCACUGGGUUGUUCAGGUGUCUCAGAACUCAGGUGUCGACUCCAAUUCAGAUGCAGAGCCGUCGAAGCCUAAACUCUCGUCUCGCUUUGGAUUUCAUCGAUCUCAUGCGCGUCGUUUGGCCCGCAGCUUCCUCUUGGUGUUUGAUAACCCGGACUCCAUGAUUGCCUGGCUUAUGGCAAUUCGUGCUGAGAUCGAAUCUCGCGGCGGUCCCAAAUUCAUAACUGAGAAAUACUCGGAUGACGAUGCAGAUGCUCCUCAGCUUCGGUCCAAAUCGAGUGUUCGACAAAUGGUGAAAAAGGAUCCCCAUCGUAUCUCCAGCUUGUUUCUUCAGCCGCAGACCCUGCGAUCCCCCGAGGACGAGGAUGAUGGCACUUCGGUCGGUGGUUUGACCUGGCAGUCACGACGAAGCUCGUACGUGUCUGUCAGUCGGUCGGUGGUAAAUUCUAGGGCAGGAUCGGCCUCCACGGCUAGAACGGAAGCUACUGGUUCAACAAACGGAAAUGGGUCCGAAUGCCCUUCCGCUUUCACCGCAAUGAGCCCGCCUAUGAACCCACCUCAUUUCCCACCGACAGGAAAUGGUGCUGCGGUACUGGAAGAGCCGAAGGGGCCUGAGGUAGAUCCUCCAUAUACUCGCAGUCCACCUACUCCUGGCCAGGAGAAGCGACACUCCUUACAUGGGUCCCCGAAGGCGCAGGCAAUCCCGGUGCCUAUGAAUCAAGAGUCAGUUCAGGCCAAUCAUAUUCAAUCCAACGUCCCCGAAACCCUAGUCCGAUGUGCCUCGCCGCCAGCUCCGAACUUCAGCGUGCCUUUAUUUAGCAAGAAGUUUGCGUCAAGACCAGCCGUUGCCUCCAUCUCCCAGGUUGCUGCUACUCCUCCUCCGUCUGUAGCUGGUUUUCUGCGCCGAGGUGAAAGUACAGGCGAUUUCAGCAUCUCCAGUAUCUCCUCGCCCCCACAGUCUCCGACUUAUAGCGUUGCAAGCUCGCGUCAGACAGACUCUUCCGAGCCACCAUUUUUGGUCCGCGAUGGCACUCGACGCACCUUGCGCGCUUCCAACUCGGAGGACGCUUUAUCCAGAGUCAUUCGCCAGGCACCAGAACACGGCAAUGCGUUCGCCCGUAUGGCCCGACAGACAGCUCCCUCCAAUAUCAGCCCCCCUUCGUCUCGUCCUCUCAGUUUGGUCGGUCGACCCGGGCUGGGGAUACAUAUGGUCAGCGAAUCGGACGUACUGAGUAUUCCACCAGUCGAGCCAAUACCACGAAAUCGUGUGUCUACUGCGCAGACCGACCAUCAAAAUAUGUCACGCCGAAAGAGCAUGCCUGGACUCAGCCUGGGGCCUCCCGCUGCACCUCCACCUAAUUGUCCCCUCCCCAAAAUUCCUUCUCCCAUUGCUGCGCAGGCGCUGCCCUCUUGGUCAACCAGUCCUCCCGUCAACCGGUUUUACCAAUCACAACAGGCUAGUGAACAAGUCCGAAAUGACCGGAAAUUUGGUGUUUCGAAUGGAAAUACGGCACAACCGGUAUCAGGUGGCUCGAGAACAGCUGCUCGGCAGUCCAGAAUGAUUUGA